CAUAAAUAAAUAAAUCAACCAAACAUCAGACAUGGAGAUACGCCAUCUAAAGAACAUCUUUGUUGUGUCUGUGGGAUUUUUACUUCUUUUUGUUGCUUUUGGAGGCCUUCAAACACUGCAGAGUAGUCUUAACGCUUCUGGAGGUCUGGGUGCUGUGUCAUUAAGUGUUAUAUACGCUGGUCAAAUCUUCUCUGCAGCAGUCUUUACCCCAUUUGUCAUUAAGAAACUCGGAUGUAAAUGGACACUUAUUAUUGGCACCUGCUUUUACAUUAUGUACACCCUGGCAAACUUUUAUCCAAGAUGGUAUACCUUAAUCCCUGCAUCUGUGAUGCUGGGCCUAGGGGCAAGCCCAUUCUGGACAGCAAAAUGCACAUAUCUUACCGUAAGUGCAAGACAACAUGCACUAAAAUCUGGCCAAAAGGAUAUGCAUGUUAUCAACCAAUACUUUGGAAUCUUUUUUUUUAUCUUCCAAUCAUCUCGCAUUUGGGGAAAUUUAAUCUCGUCAUUAGUAUUGAAUUUGGCUCAACCAAAAGAUGAAACAAUCUGGAAUAACACAGACUGUGGUGCAAGUGAAGCUUUAAUAUUAUCUGGGAAUUGGAGUCAGAGUGCUGGAAAUUAUAGUGAACAAAGUGGAAACUGGAGCCAUACAUCUUCCACUUCAUCACGACCAUCAAAUGUUCUGGUUUAUAUCAUUUUAGGAGUGUAUGUAGCAUGCGGCUUGUUAGCUCUGCUACUUAUUAGUACGUUGCUGGAUCCAAUUGACCUAACUGAAAAUACAAAUGCAGACUGCCAUGUAAACUUCUGGGAACCAUUUUUGGCAACUACAAAACACCUUCAAGAUAAACGCCAGUGCCUCUUAAUUCCUUUAACAAUAUAUAGUGGAAUAGUACAAGGGUUUAUUUUGAGUGACUACACAAAGUCCUAUGUCACUUGCUCUUUGGGAAUGCAGUAUGUUGGUUAUGUGAUCAUUGUUUAUGGAGGGACGACCUCAAUUUUUUCGUAUAUAUUUGGAAAAUUGUCACAGUACAUAAAAAGGAUUACCUUCUUUUCUUCAGCUAUGACUAUAAACAUCAGCAGUAUUGCAGCACUCUUUGUAUGGAGGCCUCAUCAUUAUCAGCUGGGAGUGUUUUUUGUAUUUUCUGGACUCUGGGGUAUUGCAGAUGCUGUUUGGCAAACACUAUUAAAUGGUUAUUACGGGAUACUGUUUGAAGAUAACAGAGACGCAGCUUUUGCCAAUUAUCUACUAUGGAAAUCUGUGGGAUACGUUAUAUCAUUUGGAUAUAGUUCAUUUUUAGGCAUUUAUGUAAAGUUAUGUAUCUUGUUAGCUACUUUAUUACUCGGAAUGUUGCUUUAUCUGAUUGUUGAGUACAUUGAAUUCAGAAAGACAAACAUACAAGUACAUAGUUUUAAGGACACAGAAACUGUGAGUGAAAAAGACUAAAAGUGCAAAACUGUUACGGUAGCUUUAUUUAUCUCAGGUAUAUGUUUGUUUUUACAUUAAAAAGGCUUGGAAGGCUGCUGAUUUGUUCAAACUGCCCCACACAAUGGUUACAUGACAUUUGUAGACACUGUGAUCAUCCGAUAAUGUUUGCAUAUUUUUACUGAAAAUAAAACAAGAAUGUUAUUUUUUAUUUAUUUGUUAAAAAUGUUAUUAUUUAUAUGUAUGUUUUUUUUAACACUUGAAAACUGCAUCCAUCCAAUAUCUGAAAAUACAGGUUUGACUACUAUUAUCUUGCAGUCUCAUA